AUGGCGAAACAGUUCUUUAUUGCUCCUAGUCUAUCCUUUCCGACCAAGAACACAGCAUUUGCAGACUCGGAAAAUCAAGAAAAUAGUGCGAAACAGUUCUUUGUCGCUGAUAGUCUUUUCUCUCCUUUGAAAAACACAGCAGUUGGAGACUCGAAAGACGAAGAACACAGUGUGGUUUCAUCGGAAAAGAUGGAAGUAUUAAUGGAGUCCAGUAGUACUACUAGUUGCAUCCCACAACCAAGAACCAUGGAAGGACGUUGCAUAACAAGAAAACCUGCCGAAAAGGUUUCAACCCAAUUGAUGAAACCAUCUUCCAUUAUUAUCAUCAAGAAAAGGAAGAUGAUGAUGGGUGAUAAUAACCCAUGUUGCUCUCUGGCUCCCAAACCCAAACAACAGAAGAUUCAAAGAGAAGAAGAAGAAGAAGAGAUGACAAGGUUGAGGCUGUAUGAAGAUCCCUGGAAAAUCAAGAAGAUACUGACAAAAAGUGAUGUGAAUACUUCAUGCAGGCUCCUGUUAUCACAAGAAUCAGUCCACAAACAUAUAAUCCCUCUGUUCAGCGCUAAACAAGCCACGGAUUGUGGGACUGUAGGUGGCACAAAGCUUAAGGUUUUUGACUUCGACACAAGGACUGAACAUGAGUUGACGCUCAAGAGAUGGAAGACAGAAAGCUAUUUGCUCACCGGUGGCUGGAUCAAAGAGUUCAAAAACAGGAGGAACUUGGAGGUGGGUGAUGAGGUUGGCCUUUUCUGGAAUCCAUACCUUUCAAGACUCUAUUUUACCCUUCUCAAAAAGGCAGCUGCCUAG